UGGCAACACUGCAGGAAGGAACAGGAGGGGGCUCAGUUCUCGGUCGGCGGCGGAGGAGGGUGCUGCGAUCCUUCCCCCUCGUACCAAUAAGUGAUACUACCCGUAAUACCACAAGUCACAGGUAACAAGGGGGAGGACACACCUGUAGAGACUCGAGGAAAGAUGGCCGCGCCCCGCGCCCUGGACCACGGUGCCCCCGGCACCCCCCUGGCGUGGCAGCAGCGGGACCUCAACUACCAGGCGGCCGGACACUCUGACCGGUACGGGGGCCCCGCCCCCCCCGGGCAGCCCCCCCACCACGCCUACGACCGCUACGCCCCCCACCACCACCACGCGGCGGGGCCCCCCCACGCCCGCCCCGGCCCCCCCUCCACCAGCGACCGCCUCAGCCACCGCAGCGGCGGCGACAAGUCCUGGGGGGGCGCCGCGCCGCUCAUGGUGCCCUACCCCCCCUCCAGGCCCUCCGGCGGCCGCCCCCCCUCACGGCCCCGCUCCCCCUCCGCCACCUCCUCCUCCUCCUCCACCUCCUCCUCCUCCUCCACGGAGGAGAGUGAGCGCGUAGGCGUGGUGGGCCCGGCGCCCCCUCUGAUGUACCCCCCCAUGGGCCCGGGCGGCCCCCUGUACCCCCCCAUGGGCCCCGGCACCGUCAAGAGUGCCCGCUCCGUGCCGGCCCUGGCCCUGGCCACCUGGGACGGCGAGCCGUGCCCCGUGCACGGCGCCGCGCCGCCCCCGGGGCCCUACGCCCCCUUCCCCGGCCCCCCGCCGCCCCGCCGCGGCGGCUCCAUCUACGACCUGCGCGCCGCGCCCUACGCCACGCUGCCCGCGCCGCGCCCGCCGCCGCCCACCGACCGCCGCAGCCUGGCGGGCUCCGCGCUGCUGGGCCCGCCGCCCCGCCCCGGCGCCCCCCCGGGCAUCCCCCCGCACCUGCUGCCGCCCAUGGCGCGGCCCCUGCCGCUGGUGGUGGACGAGAAGGGGCACGCCGAGCCCCUGCCGGUGCGGCGCGCGGCGGGCGACAAGACCCUGGCGGCGGCGGGCAAGGCGGCCAGCGUGGCGGGGCUGGAGGGCGGCGAGGCCAGGCCGGCCAGGCCCAGGCUGUGCUGCCGCGGCGGCGCCUGCGUGGCCUGGGUCAUCCUGGCGCUGGUGUGCGGCGGCGUGCUGCUGGCCGUCAUGCUCAGGUUCAUCCUCUAGGCGCCCACGGCAGGGCGCGAACCAACGAGCGGCGGGCACGGCACCGCGCGGCGCCCAGGGGCUGCCGGCCGCUGGGCACGUCCCCGUACGGACAUGUCCCGCCCGUGUGUGCGUGUAAAUUACAGAGUGUGUACGGAUAUCUUGCUUGGGUGGUUAUACAUAUCCUGUGUGCGUGUACGAGAGAGAGAGAGAGAGAGAGAGAGAGAGAGAGAGAGAGAGAGUAACCAUUAUAAUAUUGUUACCAUUUUAUUAUUAUUAUUAUCAUUAUUAUUAUUAUCAUUAUUAUCAUUAUUAUUAUUAUUAUUAUUAUUAUUAUUAUUAUUAUUAAUGUUACUUUUAUUUAUACUUAUUGUAAAGAAAAUACCGUACAUGUGUGUAUGUGUGUGUGUGUGUGUGUGUGUGUGUGUGUGUGUGUACAGACCUUAUGUAAUAGGCAUUAUACUCACGAUGAUGCAAUAAUUAUAUGAUGAUAGAAAGACGAAGACAUCAAUUAAUAAAGGAAGGAAGGAAGGAAAGAAUAGAGGGGAAUCGAUUAAAGAAGAGGAGGAGGAGGAGGAGGAGGAAGAGUAGAAUAGAAGAACAGUAAAUGAUGAAGAAGAAGAAGAAGGAGGAGGAGGAGGAGGAGGAGGAGGAAUAGAAGAACAGUAAACGAAGAAGAAAGAGGAGGAGGA